CACCGCCAUGCCGCUGCCGACCUGCUCCUCCCCCUCCGCUUCGGAUACGAGUCCAAACUGCUCAGCAGCGCGCGCGCCGGGGGAUCGCCGCCCUUUUUCUUGCUCACUUCUCCGUCUCGUCAACCGCGCUGGACCGGACGAGCACGUUUCCCAUGUUUCGGAUACCAACGCCUCUCUCACUGUGUCUAUUCUUACCCCAUGCGCCUGGAACCAUGAUGACACAGAUGGACUAAAAAGGACUCCGUAAUCUUCUUUGUACCUACUGUGCAGUCGUUUCCCGACACCUAACUACAUACUUUGAUAUCUGCGGCCGCCAUCUUUCGUCCCUUGACUGACGAGGCGUUUCUCUGCACACCAACGACCGGCCAACCACUACUACCACCACCACCACCGCAAAUUCAAGCGCCAACAUGGACAUGUCAGGUAUGUCCGGCAUGGGCGGCAUGGACAUGUCCAGUGCGGGCAUGUUCACGCCGACGAAUAAAAAGGUGGCGCAUCUGUACUGGUACUUGGUCACUGCAGUGGUUGGUGUACUUGUCGUUCGGAGGGUGGUAGAUCGACUCAGAAUCCUCUUGAAUAAACGAAAAUCCCAGCACCAACCAGGACAGAUUCCAGGCAGACCGCAAAAUGCCCUCGAGCAACUCUACGACACCACCAUAGCCGUCUGCAGGGAGCUGGCAUACCCGCAACUGUGGACGUGCACCGGCAAAUUCACCAAAUAUUUCACUCCCCCGUCCUUGGGGAGAUGUCUGCUGCUCCUCACCUAUUGGGCUGUCAUUCUGACAAUGCUGUGGUCGAAUGUUCUCCUGACUCCCUCCUCGCCCAACUACGCCUACAAGUGGGAGAUUGUGGGGUUUCGUGCGGCUUGGGUCUCGGUCACUCAACUACCCCUGAUCUACAUUUUAUCUGGGAAAGCCAACAUCAUCACCAUCCUCACCGGCAUCUCGUACGAAAGAUUAAACUGGUUGCACCGUUGGGUCAGCCGCACCAUUUUCCUGACCGUCAUCGUCCACUGGUCUUACUUCUUUACUGAGUGGUCUAUUGCCGACUUUGUGAGCUUGGAGCUGGAAUGGAUGCCCAUGGUCAAAUAUGGAUUUGGUGCUUGGGCGACACUGGGAUGGAUGGUGAUUACCGGAUUUGGCUUUGUCCGGAAUCUCUCCUACGAGCUCUGGUUCCUGCAGCAUCUCGCGGCAGCCAUGGUCUUGUUGUGGCUCGUCCAUUCUCACGUUCCUUCUUAUGCGCAAUACAACGUGUGGUUUGCGAUUGGCGUCGUUGUGUUCGACAGACUUGUCAGGACGGUCAUGUCUUUGGUGAUCAAUCUACAUCUCCUGCCCAGCAAAAGAGACAGCGUCCCGUCCGGCCGACGGAUCGGGUAUGAAGCCGAGGUCAAGGCUCUUUCGGGCGAGUUUCUCCAGGUCACGGUGCGAAAUGUCGCAAUGUCGUGGCGACCCGGUCAGCACGUGUACCUGUCCAUUCCUCGCGCUGGAAUCGUGGAAGCACACCCCUUUACCAUUGCCAGCGUCCCGAAAUCGAUAUCAGGAGAGAGUGGUCCGAACAAUGUUGUGCUAUAUUUGCGGGUGCACAAUGGAUUCACCAGAAGGCUCUACCGGCGAUGCCAAAACCAGCUGACAUCACGGACCUUCCUGUCGUUCAUCAGUGGACCGUGGGGAAACCCUCCCUCCGUUGAACGAUUUGAAUCGAUGGUCUUCGCUGCUACGGGCAAUGGCGUGUCCUUUACGCUGCCUAUCUUCCAACAAGCCGUUCUAACGAAUAACAAUCUACGACAAAUUUCCUUCAUUUGGAUCUUCCGGCAAGCGGAGCAACUCGACUGGUUCAAGGCAGAGUUGCUCUCGGCCUGGAUGGCAGCCCGACAGCGAAACAUCAGGAUAAACAUAUACGCUUUCAUUACUGGAAGUGGACAGUCUCGAAGCGUGUCACCAUCAGAGAGUAAUCUACUGCUCGAGCAAACAUUAGCUUCAAACCUAUCAUCCGCAGAGAAGCUGGCCGACCGCGCCCCUAUAAUGGACAAAACGCCAAACCCCAUCAAGCUGUCCAUGGAAAAGAGGGACAUAGGCAGUGUGAGCGAGAACUCGGUCUCCUCGACCUCAUCACUGAACGAGCAGCCCACAAUACAGGUCGGCUACGGUCGCCCGGAUUUUGAUUCUCUCAUUCAUCCCGUGGUGGAAGCGGCGUGGGGCGAGACAGGAAUCCUCGCUUGCGGUGGCAGCCAUUUUUCGGGGCAGCUGAGGAAUUAUGUUGCAAAGCUGUCUGACGAGAGAGCCGUGCACAAGGGAACGGGCGCUCAAGGCAUAUAUCUGUUCUGUGAGACUUAUGGAUGGUAAAAGCAUAGCGACGGUUGUUUAAGACUAUAUAUUAUGCAUUUAGAUAUGAGAUAUGAAUCCCGACAAUUACUGUGUUCUUGAA